AUGGAGUCAAUCAUUUUCUGGAAUUAUAGGGGGGCUAGAAAGAGGGAGGCCUCCUUAUAUCUUAGAGAAAUUGUGAAGGAUUACAAGGGCUUUUUUGUGGGGCUUACUGAAACAAAGAUAUCUUCUAUUGAUAGAAGUGAUGUGAAUCAGAUCAUUGUUAGUGAGUGGGAUUAUUACUUACAUCCCUCAAGUGGCAAUUCGGGUGGUAUCUUAAUCUUAUGGAAGAAGGAAUUUGCUUCCUUUGAAAUGGUUGAUCACUCCUCCCAAGUGGUUAUUGGGCAGCUAAUCACUAAUGCUUUGGUUCCUAUGGUCAAGGUGCGUCAUUUGCCUAUAGUAGCCUCGGAUCAUGCUCCUAUCUCUAUCAAUAUUGUGGAAAAUCAUAAUCAGAAAUCGGGGUUCAUUAGAUUUGAAGACACUUGGAAGACUUAUCCAGCAACUUGGAACAUUAUUCUCAAGGCUUGGAAGAAAAUGGACUACGGUUCUAAUGCUGAAAUUCUCCAAAGGAAGCUGAGGAGAGCUGUUAAAGCUUUGUACUGCAGGAAUAGGAACAAAUGUCAUGAUCUGAAUUUAUUAAGAGAUGAGCUGAAGAAGGAAAUCUUAAUGUUACAAACUGAGGAAGCUAAUGAAGGAGGUUUAAUGGUGGACAAAUUGAAACUGUUGAGGAACAAAGUGCAAGAACUCAAUGUUACUUUGAGUAGACUCUCAACUUGGUGGAACCAAAGGUCUAAAAUUAGAUGGCAACAUGAUGGAGACAUAAAUUCUAACAUUUUUCAUCAAUAUGCUUCAGCUAAGAGGAAUGGGAAUAUGAUAUGGCAAGUCAAAGAUGAGAAUGGGACUGUGGUGGAUGAUUUGGAGCAAAUUGAAGCUGUUUUCUACAGUUUUUUUCAGCAAAAGUGGUCAGCCAGAACUUGUAAGCUGUCGGAUUGGCCUCCUUGUCCUGAAAUUCUGCAGAUUUUUAAAGAGGAUACUGAUAUGCUAAAUCUGGAUUUCACUAAAGAAGAACUUACAAAAGCUGUCUUCAUGCAAGGUUACAAUAAAUCACCGGGUUUAGAUGGCAUUACUAUGCCCUUUUUCAAGUUUUAUUGGAAAAUUGUGGAGGAUGAAACAUGGAAAGCUAUUGAUUAUUUCUUUAAAAAUGGUGUCAUGUUUAACGAAUGGAAGGAUACACUUCUUAUUCUUAUCCCCAAGAUUAAGAAGCCUAUUUUACCAUCUAACUAUAGACCUAUUAGCAUGUGCCAGUCUACUUAUAAGUUGGUGGCUACUAUGAUUUUGAAUAGAAUGAAGGGCUUCAUUGCUAAUUUUAUUACUGAAGAACAAGCUGGUUUUCUUCAUGGUAGAUCUAUAUAUGAUCAUUGUCUCUUAGCUCAAGAAGUUAUCCAUAAACUUAGAAUGUCCAAAAGAAAGAAGGGGUUAAUGGCGGUUAAGCUUGGCAUGGAGCAAGCAUAUGAUAAUAUGAAUUGA